AUGCAUAACUGCUCCUCUGUUCUGGAUUCGAUUCGCCGGCAUCUGCUCGAAGAUGACUCGGAGACACUUCAUUCUUUCUCUGCUAGCCCACAUCUGGAAUCGUCUCCGAGGAGGAGAGGCGCCAACUUCAAAGGAGUCAGGAGAAGGCCUUGGGGAAAAUACGCUGCAGAGAUUAGAGAUCCCAAUAAACUUGGGGCCAGGAUAUGGCUCGGCACUUAUGAGACGGCCCAAGAAGCAGCUGCGGCCUACGACCGAGCCGCUUUCAAGAUGCUAGGGGCCAAGGCUAAGCUCAACUUCCCUCAUCUCACUGGCAUUGAUUGCCCAGAACCGGCAAGGAUCACCGAGCGCCGCCUGAGUUCAACCUCAUGCUCGCCUGUGGCUAGAAGACGCAACGCUGACAUAAUAAACCUGACGGCAAGACUUCCAUGCCUUGCUUUCCAUUAUUUUUACCAUAUGACCACCCCACAUAGCUUUGCUCGUUAA